UCCGUCUGAGACUGGACUGACUAGUGUUUUAGCAGUGCAUUCGAUCUCAUUCAUCUGCUAAAAACCAUUCUCUUCCUUCCUUCACAUAUUCAUAACAUUCCAUUUCCAAACCCUAAUUUACAAAAACCUACCACGAACACAAGUACACAACCAUCUCAAUCAACAGAUCAAAGAAAUAUCAACACAGACACAGAUGGAAGAGUAUCCCGAAGAGCUGCGAACUCCACCGGUGGCUCUGGUUUCGCUGGUCGGAUGUCCAGAUCUUCACACACUCAUCUCGACUCAUCUCCACUCGGAGCAACCACCAAUCAAUACCCUAGCAUUACCCGAUUUCUCCAAGAUCUCUGUAAUGGCCAAAAUUCCUAAGGAAAAUUCAGCUUCUGGUCAAACUGCUGGAAUUUUGAAGAGAGAUUGGCUUCCGAAGCACCGGACUAGGGUUCCGGCAGUCGUCGCUGCUCUCUUCAGCUCCGAUCACGUCUCCGGCGAUCCCGCUCAGUGGCUACAGGUCUGCACCGAUCUAGAAAACCUCAAAACCGUGAUUCGAGGAAGGAGCAUCAAAUUGGUUCUUCUUGUUGUGCAGUCUACUUCUAAGGAUGAUAUAAGUGAAGAUCGUAUGAUUGCUCUACGUAAGCGUGCGGAAGUAGAUUCCAAGUACAUUAUUGUCUUUGUCCCUAUCGAUGGUCCAGAACUAGAACAAUCGCUUAACAGGCUAGGGAACACAUUUGCAGAAUUAGCAAAUACAUAUUACAGGGAAGAAGGACGAAGGAUUAAAACGCGUCUUGAAAAGAAAAGCUUCAGUUCUGUAGAGUUGAAUAUCCGCUAUUGCUUUAAAGUUGCUGUAUAUGCAGAAUUCCGGAGAGACUGGGUUGAAGCUUUGAGGUCAUAUGAGGAUGCCUAUCAUAUCCUACGGGAGAUGAUUGGGACAUCAACAAGAUUGCCUGCAGCUCAACGCUUAGUUGAGAUAAAAACAGUUGCUGAGCAAUUGCACUUCAAGAUAUCAACACUCUUGCUGCAUGGUGGAAAACUUUCAGAAGCAAUCACACGGUUCCGCCAGCACAAUGCUUCUUACAGGAGGCUCGUGGGUAUACCACAAGCUAUUUUUCUUCACUGGGAAUGGCUGAGCAGACAAUUUUUGGUUUUUGCUGAAUUACUAGAGACGAGCUCUGCUAUUACUCAAAGCAAUCCAUCUCCAGUUACAGGCGGUUCAGAUAAAUUGACUGAGUGGGAAUUUAGCUCAGCUUAUUAUUAUCAGUUAGCUGCUCACUACUUGAAGGAGAAAAGGUCUUGUUUGGAACUUGCGCUUUCUAUGUCAGACUCUACUAAUGAGAUUGAUAGCAUGGCUGAAUCUGUGGUACCUUCUGUUUAUGUGGGUCAAUUUGCUCGAUUACUUGAGCAAGGGGAUCAAUUUUUAAUGCAAUCUCUUACUGAUGAAGAGUAUAUCCGUUACGCUCUAGCUGAAGGGAAGAGAUUCCAGGAUUCCUUUGAAAUUAUUGCUCUGCUCAAAAAAUCUUUUGAAACAUAUAGCAACUCCAAAGCCCAGAGGAUGGCUUCUAAUUGUGGGUUCCAAAUGGCCAGAGAAUAUUUUGCUUUGAGUGAUUUCAGUAAUGCUAAACAGUUUUUUGAUAGUGUUGCAAGUCUUUACAGACAAGAUGGUUGGGUGACUUUGUUAUGGGAAGUUCUGGGUUACCUGCGAGAGUGCACAAGGAGGCUUGGUUCUGUAAAAGAUUUUGUUGAGUAUUCCCUUGAAAUGGCUGCUCUGCCAGUAUCAUCUAUGUCUGGUGUCCAAUCAUUUAGUUUUAAGGAUAGUGGCCUGGCUGGGCCUGCAAGUCUUGCACAGAGAGAAAUCAUACACAAGGAAGUAUUUGGUAUUGUCAAAGAAGAACCUGGGCUGUCAUCCGAUGAAGAUAAUAAUAACCUAAAAGUGACUGGUGAUCAUCCCCUUCAUCUUGAGAUUGAUCUUGUCAGUCCCCUCCGAGUGGUACUUCUUGCGUCAGUUGCUUUUCAUGAACAGAUAGUUAAGCCUGGUGUACCUACCUUGAUUACGAUAAGCCUACUAUCUCAAUUGCCCCAUCCUGUUGAGAUAGAUUACUUGGAAAUUCAGUUCAAUCAAUCUGAUUGUAAUUUUACCAUCAUCAAUGGUCAGAGACCUCAGGUAUCUGCAAUUUCUAGUGAUCAAUCGGAUUGCCGAGUGGAGACUGCUCCUGUUCUGGCACUUGUUACAAACAAAUGGCUACGGUUGACAUAUGACAUCAAAUCUGAACAAAGUGGAAAGCUUGAAUGUGUAUCUGUAAUUGCAAGAAUGGGACCCCACUUCACAAUCUGUUGCAGAGCUGAAAGUCCUGCCUCGAUGAACGAUUUACCACUUUGGAAAUUUGAAGACCGUGUAGAAACUUUUCCAACCAAGGAUCCUGCUCUUGCAUUCUCUGGUCAGAAGGCAACCGAGGUGGAAGAACCAGAUCCACAAGUGGACGUUCAAUUAGGUGCUUCUGGCCCUGCAUUGGUUGGAGAGAAUUUUAUUGUACCUGUUAGAGUCGCCUCAAAAGGCCAUGCCAUCCAUUCUGGGGAAUUGAAGAUUAACCUGGUGGAUACAAGAGGUGGGGGGUUGCUUAGUCCACGGGAAGAAGAACCUUUUUCUGCAGACAAUCUUCAUGUUGAGCUUCUCGGAGUAUCUGGACGAGAAUGUGAAGAUGAGUCUCAAAGUUCUACUGAUAAUAUCAGGAAAAUUCAGCACUCCUUUGGAUUGAUUCCUGUUCCAUUUGUAAAUGUGGGAGACUCGUGGUUGUGCAAACUGGAAAUAAAAUGGCACCGCCCCAAGCCGAUUAUGCUUUAUGUGUCAUUGGGCUAUUCAACACAUAGCAGCGAGCCUAGUGUGCAGAAAGUUCAUGUCCACAAAAGCUUGCAGAUUGAAGGCAAGACUGCUGUGUUAAUUAGCCAUCAGUUCAUGUUACCAUUCCGACGUGACCCUCUGUUGAUCUCAAAGAUCAAGCCAGUUCGUGAUCCUGAUCAGAUGCCAUCAUUGCCUCUAAAUGAAAAAAGCGUACUCAUUGUUAGUACUAAAAACUGCACGGAGGUGCCAUUGCGAUUAUUAUCAAUGUCUAUUGAAGUGGAGGAUGAUGGCAGUGGACGGUCAUGCAUUGUGCAACAUGGGGGUGAGGACAUCGUAGACCCUGCUCUCCUCGUGCCUGGCGAAGAGUUUAAGAAGGUUUUUUCUGUCAUUCCUGAAGUAAAUUUGCCAAAGCUUAAUGUAGGGACAGUGUGUCUAAGAUGGAGGAGAGAUUAUGGACCUGAAGAGUUAUCUCAUUCUGAUACAACAGAUAUAUCGGAGGUUUUGACACAACACAGACUUCCUGAUGUAAAUGUUGAGUUGUCUCCAUUAGUUGUGAGUUUGGAGUGUCCCUCUCAUGCCAUCCUCGGGAACCCCUUUACGUACUUCAUCAAAAUUCAGAAUCAAACAAAGUUGCUGCAAGAGAUUAAGUUCUCAUUGGCGGAUUCACAAAGUUUUGUGUUGUCUGGGUACCAUAAUGACACGAUAUUUGUUCUACCAAAAUCCGAGCAUAUACUCAGUUACAAGCUUGUACCACUGGCCUCAGGUUACCAACAGCUACCCAAAGUCUCUGUGACCUCAGUGAGAUAUUCAGCUGGAUUUCAACCAUCAAUAGCUGCAGCUACAGUUUUCAUCUUCCCCACCAAGCCUCGUUUUAUGACAGCUGAUGUGGAGGCUAGGCCAGACGCUGUAGCGAUUGAGUAAAUUCGUUUCCUGAUGAGAAAUUGUGCGCAUAAACGAGGUGCUAUGCAGACACCAUCUGAUGAUGAUCAUUGCAUCUUGUUUCGAUGGUGUCUCAGUCUGGACCAAAUCAAUCAAUAAUAGAGACUCUGAACAAGAUUUUUGUUGGGUGCAUUUUCUGAAAGGGUUUCUCUCAACAAUGCUCGAUUCCGGAACCAGCCUCUCAUUCAUAUUCACGCAGACCUAUCCGGGGAGAUCAUGGUGGUUACUGUUACAAUUAGUGUUUUUUAUUAUUAUUAUUAUUUAUAUAUAUAUAUAUAUAUAUAUAUAUAUAAAACCGCAUGUCAGUCGGUCAGGUGUUCUGGAAAAUCUGUGUUCCAUCAGAAUGGUCUGAUAUUGUGAAUGUUUUAACAAAUACGUACUAGUCUAAACAAAUUCAUUCUGCCAGUGAGGUGAUUAAAAUGUUAAAUUGUAGAACUGGUCUACUGCAAAAUUGUAUAACAUAAUUAAAUAAUACCAUUUUGAUAAUAUUUUGAGGUUGAUUCAUGUCAUGAAACACCGGUUUUAGUUCCUAAUA